AUGUCGAUUGCUAUAGAUUUAACGAAUGACGAAUCUGACAAAAGAAAUGAAUUGGAAAACAAUCACGAAGAUACAUUAGUCGAAGAAUUUGCUAUUGAUGAGAAAACUCAACAGAACUAUCGCGUGUGGAAGAAGAAUGCACCUUUACUAUACGAUUACUUAGUUACAAACUCUUUGCUUUGGCCAUCUUUAUCAGUUCAAUUUUUCCCUGAUAUAACACAUUUAAACGAUUUGGAUGAAAAUAAGAACGAGGAACAAAUCAUAGCCCAAAGAAUACUCCUUGGUACAUUUACUUUGGGUCAAGCAAUUGAUCAUAUAUCUAUCUUACAAAUACCCAGUUUUAAAAACCUUAAUCAAAAUAUAAAGAUAAAUAAGCUUGAUUUUAAUCCAGAACGAGAAGAGUUUGAAUUGGCCACUCCAACACUAAACAAAACCAAAACUUUGCAAAAGAUCAACCAUUUAGGAGAUGUGAACAAAGUCAGAUAUAUGCCUCAAAAGCCUAAUAUUCUUGCGAGUGCCAACAACCUAGGAGAUUUGGUAAUAUAUGAGAGGACCAGACACAAGAGCUUUAAAAAUACUAUACUAGAUGAUACAGAAUUGAGCAAAGUGCAAAUAAGACUAGUCAAUAAGCAUAUUCCAUCCACAGCAGACAUAUUUGCCAUUGAUUGGAACAGAAACAGCGAAGGGCUUUUGUUGAGUGCUGAUAUGAAUGGAGUCAUUAACUUGUACGAUUUGAAGAAAUAUGAUUCUGAGACUUUGAACGAACGCCAAUAUUGGGAAAAUAAUGCCAUUGGGGUAAAUGAUAUUGAGUGGUUUCCAACCCACGACUCGUUAUUUUGCACUGCUGAUGAUAACGGGUGUUUAAAAAUUUACGAUACUAGAAGUGAAAAUUCUGUUGUUCAAAAUAAAAGUAUUGGAAAUAGUGUCAAUAGUGUUGCUUGUAAUCCUGGGUAUGCGACUGGUUUAGCUACAGGAGACAGCACUGGAGUAAUUAAGGUGUGGGACAUUAGGAAUUUUGACAAUUCGCUUAGUGAAUUACAUCGUCAUUCUGAUUCAAUUACCCAAUUGAAAUGGAAUCCUAAAUGCCACAAUAUUCUAGGGUCUUCAUCUACAGACCAUCUGGUUAAGUUACAUGAUAUAAACAAUGAUUCAACCAUAUUCACUCAUUUGGGUCAUAUGCUAGGGGUUAAUGAUUUUGAUUGGUCACAUGCGGAUCACUGGAUGGUUGCUAGUGUUGCAGACGAUAAUUCUUUACAUGUCUGGAAACCAACGCAUUCUGUUACAGACAAAUUCAAAUAG